GUUUGUUUGGUUUCCAGGGCAACGAAGACGCAAAAGUUCAGCCCGUGGUUCUAUAACGCGUGUUAAAACAAAACUAGUAUUUUGCAUUUCGUAACGUAACGUUGUCUUACAAAAAUAAUAAACAAAGCAUAUGAUUUAUUAGUUACACUUUGGGACAAAAUAAUAAUAAUAAUAAUGAACAAUAAGAAAUAUUACACGCAGUAUGAAGUUUCGUUACACAACACUGUUGACGAUAUUUGGGUUUCUUAUUUGGGUAAAGUUUAUGAUUUAACGCCGCUGAUCAAAGAGCAUGCAGGAGACGUGCUUCUGAAGCCCAUCGUUGAGAUGGCCGGGAAAGACAUCAGCCACUGGUUCAACUCCAAGACCAGAGACAUCCGGACACACGUUGAUCCUCUGACGGGCUGUGUGAAGUACUACACCCCCAACGGCCGCUUCCUCCAUGUCCCUCCUCCAUGGCCCUGCUCCGACUGGCCGACCGACUUCGGCCGGCCCUGGUGGAGCGAGACGCGGUAUGAGGUGGGCGUCCUGUCAGGCAAGACGAGACGCAUCCGCAUCGUCAACACGCUGACAUCACAGGAGCAGACCAUCGAGGUCUGCACAGAGGAGAGUCUGCAUGCCAUUCUGCAGCGAUAUCUCAGCUACAAUGCGCACGCAGCCAGCUACACCUGGAAGCACAACGGGGAGACUCUGGACAUGGACAAAACCCUGGGAGACAACGGGAUCCGGGACGAGGACGAGGACUUCUACGAGCUGAGGAUGGACAGCGAGCGCUUCACCCAGGCUAUUCACCUGCACUUCAACGAUGACCUCACCGAAUUCUGAAGCUCGCCCUCCCUAGGACGUUUGAGACUGCCGAUG